AUGGAAAAUGGGGAAUCAUCCCUUUUUAUGGAAUGUGAUGAACUGAUGGCUAAAGGAAUUACUGGGUCUGGGAAAGGAUUUGAUCUUCCCGGGAGACGAUUGAGUGGGUUCUCCACCCAACCCCCAUUGUCAUCGCUGCGCCAGUCUGCCCUGGCUGCUGCUGAGAACAGAGCACGUCACGGAGCUCUUUUGCCAUCAGGACCUAACCGUCUCGGUGGUGAUAGCAAUAUCAAGGCUAUACUCAGCCCAAUACAGGCUGCUGCCAUGGCUGCUGAAAGGAGACUACAUGAUGAUUCCUGGUGUGGAUCCAAAACUUUGGAGAGUGAGAACAAUAUUGGAUCUACUACUGGAACUUCUCAAACAACAAACACAAUUUCUAAUGGCAGAUUUAACCAAACAUCAUCCAUCGAAUCUACACCUGGUUCGGAAGCAGUAGAUGUUGGACGGUUGUGGGAGUGCCUGACAUGUACCUUAUUAAAUAAGCCAUUGGCACUGAUAUGUGAAGCAUGUGGAAGCCAGAGACAAAAAAGAGACCCCAAAUUGAAGGUAUGGUCAUGCAAAUUUUGCACUCUUGAGAACAGUAGUGAAUCGGAGAGAUGCUUAGCUUGUGGAGAGUGGAGAUAUUCAUACGGCCCUUCUGUCUCAACUCAUGCACCUUUUCUUGGUACCUGA